AAUCCGGAUUUGUUUUUCUCGUCAGGCGAGUAUGGCCUCAGGAAUAAGAGAGAAGUCUGGCGGGUGAAGUUCACUCUGGCCAAAAUCCGCAAAGCUGCCAGAGAGCUUCUCACUCUGGAUGAGAAGGAUCCUAAGCGUCUCUUUGAAGGUAACGCUUUGCUCAGGCGUCUGGUGCGCAUUGGUGUGCUGGAUGAGGGCAAGAUGAAGCUCGAUUACAUUCUGGGCUUGAAAGUGGAGGACUUCUUGGAGAGGAGGCUGCAGACUCAGGUCUUCAAGCUUGGCCUGGCCAAAAGCAUCCACCAUGCUCGUGUGCUUAUACGUCAGAGGCACAUCCGCUGACCAUGUUUAAACUCCUCCUGGUGAGUGGGAAUGAAAUAUUCUGCAAGGUCAAUUCGGUGAUUAAACCGUAUACCUUUGCUUUUAAAA